AUGGAAUGCCUUUGGGCUUUGUUAAGCUUGCUGGCUGUGUCAAUUAUCCUGGCAGAGGACCUCAACAAAACUAUAGGGUCCCAGCGUCCACAACCUCGAGUCAUCAAUGGUCAUCUGAUCACAAACGAAAAACUAGGCGGAUACUUGAUAGCGAUGCGGUACAACGACGAAUUCGUCUGUGGCGGCACUUUGAUCAAGGACACCAUUGUCCUGACAGCGGCCCACUGCUUCAUUCGGCGUUACACUAAAUCCAAAUGGCUGGCCGAGGGCGGGAUUUCUACCCUUACAGAAGAGGGUGUUCAGCGCCACAUCAAGGACUUCGCUUGGCCCCAGACGUUCCGGAAAAAAACGAUGAACAUGGAUGUGGCCGUGGUGCUUUUGGAUAUGCCCAUGGUUGGUCUUGGUAUAGACACCAUCCCCCUGUGCUCGCAUUCUGUUACCACAAGCACAAUGCUCCGAGUUUCUGGUUGGGGAUUGACCUAUCGGAGGACAAUCGAGCCCGAAAAUUAUCUCAGAGCCGUGGCAGUUCCGGUGAUUGAUAGGAACCAAUGCAGACAAGUCUAUCGGCCGAAGAUUCGCAUUACGAUCAAUAUGAUCUGUGCGGCAGUCUUGGGUGAAAAAGAUGCCUGCAUCUACGACUCUGGAGGUCCCCUGGUUUACAACAACGAAGUCUGUGGCAUUGUAUCCUUUGGCAUCGGAUGUGCCAGUAAGAAGUAUCCCGGCGUCUAUACAGAUGUGUAUACGAUGGCUUCCUAUAUUAAGAAGACCAUAAAAAAGUUCCUAAUGUUACAUUAAAUUGUUUCAACAGAA